AUGUGUGACCAGAGCCGUGUGGCCUCCAACCUCCGCUAUUGCAUGAUGGCCAGUGGCACCAUGAUUCUAGUGGCUGGGACACUCUGCUUUUCAUGGUGGAGUGAAGGGGAUACAGAGAUCUACCCUGGCCAGCUGGCCUCACCCACUGGGCACCCUGCAUCUGAGGGCCCCAGCCCUCUGCUCAGGUCGGUCACCUUCUUCUGCUGUGGUGCAGGGGGCCUGUUGCUGCUCUUUGGCCUGCUCUGGUCCAUCAAGGCCAGCACCCGGGGGCCACCCCAAUGGGACCCAUACCACCUCUCCAGAGACCUGCACUACCUCACAGUGGAGACGUUGGAGAAAGAGCGCUGCAGGACACCAAAGGUGGCUGCCAUCCCUACUUAUGAGGAGGCUGUGUGCUGCCCACUGGCCAUGGCCGAGGAGUCCCUGAGAUGGCCUGUGAACUCCGCAGAGGAAGACAUGAAGCACAGUGCCUCAGAAGAUGUGCUCCUUGGCACCCAGCCCCCUGGGCCUCCACCCAGCUACGAGAGCAUAGCCUUUGCCUUUGAUGCUGUUCCUGGAGAGACUACGCCCCGGACCUCCCACCAAGGCCUGUUCCUUCCCGGUGCAGGAAAAGGAAGUUAA